CAUUUUCAUAUGCAUACAAACAAAUGCACCCAAAUAUACCAAUUUCUCACACACAUACAAACACUCAAAAACCUAUACAUACACAAUUACACAUAUACAUAUACUCAUCGGUUUAAUCGUGAGAUAUUAAACUUUUAAUUACUGUUUUAUAGAGUAUUAAUUUUCUGGUGAUGGCGGAGAUAGGCGGUCAAGGAAGUGUAAGUGAAGUAUACGCGCCGGCGACGACGUUACAAGUAUGGAGAACACUUGUCAACUGGUUGACUUUUUUGUUUCAGAUCUUUGUUCAGAUCGUUAGAGGUACUCCUUCUGUCGCUUCGUUUAUUAAUUAUUCUGCAUCCUCUUCAACGACGUCGUUUAAGCCUUUGCCGGUCGUUGAGUUCCCGGAAUCUUCCGUUCGUAUUCCGUCUGUCGUCACAGAAUAUAAUUCUUUGGAAAAGUUAACGGUUGUUCUUGACUUGGAUGAAACUUUGGUAUGUGCCUAUGAAACGUGUAGUUUGCCUGACAGUGUUCGUAAACAAGCGACAGAUGCUGGAUUGACAUGGUUUGAGCUAGAAUGCAUAUCUUCUGACAAGGAAUGUGAAGGAAAACCCAAAGUCAACUACGUGACAGUAUUUGAACGUCCCGGAUUGCAUGAAUUUCUUUCCCAACUCAGCAAAUUUGCUGAUCUUGUGCUAUUUACUGCUGGUCUUGAAGGAUAUGCACGACCACUUGUUGAUAAAAUAGAUCCUGAAAACAGUAUUAGCCGUAGAUUUUAUCGACCUUCCACAACUUCCACGGAAUAUCGGGAACACGUGAAGGACCUUUCCAUUGUAUCAACAGAUUUUUGCAGAAUGGUCAUUGUUGACAACAAUCCAUUCAGUUUCUUAUUGCAACCAGUCAAUGGAAUCCCCUGCAUACCAUUCUCUGCUGGACAACCACGUGAUGAUCAGCUUCUGGAGGUCCUCCUUCCCCUUCUUAAGCAACUUUCUGAGCAGAGGGAUGUAAGACCUGUGCUUUAUGAAAGGUUCCGCAUGCCUGAAUGGUUUGAGAAACAUGGAAUCCCUGCCUCUAGGACUUAAUUCUUCGCUGGAGGCACCUGAACAGCUACCACGAAAGCAUAAUUUACUAUAAACGCACCACAUUUUGUAUAGCUAUCAUAUGGUGUUUGUAUACAAGAGGAGACUCGUUCAGAGGUUCUAAGUUAUUGUUCCCUUGCAACACAUGUUCAAAUGUCAUAUUCUUGUUGUAAGUUGGUAUAUAGUUUGCAGUACUACUGUAUAUACAACUUUCGUUAAAUUUUAAUUUGAGUUCUGUAAACCUGUUGCAGAUCAAUAAAUGACUGACGUUAAGGUA